GCAGCAACCUAAAAAUGGUUAAUUUCCCUCACAAGUCUUCAAUUCUAAUUCUUUCAGCUCCUCCGUCAGCAUCACUUCCUCUCUUAUAACUCAAUCUCUCUCUCUCUCUCUCUCUUGCCCAAACAAUUUCCAUGGCGUCCAUUCUAGUUCUGGUUCUUAUCUUCAUCUUCAACCUCAUCGCCUUCGCGCUCGCCAUCGCCGCCGAGCAACGACGGAGCAAGGCGAGAGUGGCGGCGGACGAGGAGGAUAAUUACACGUAUUGCGUGUAUGAUUCGGAUAUCGCCACCGGCUACGGCGUGGGUGCGCUGCUCUUCGUCGCCGUCAGUCAGGCGGUGGUUUCCGUUGCCAGCAAGUGCUUUUGCUGCGGCCGUGCGCUGCGCCCCGGCGGCCCUCGACUCUGCGCUCUGUUCCUAUUCCUCUUCUCCUGGGUGACGUUCGUCAUAGCGGAGUCGUGCUUGCUGGCGGGAUCGGUGGAGAACGCAUACCACACCAAGUACAGAACGAUGUUCGUGGACAACCCGCCGUCGUGCCAAACGCUGCGAAAGGGUGUGUUCGGCGCCGGCGCCGCCUUCGUGUUCUUCACCGCGCUUCUCUCGGAAAUGUACUACUUCGCGUUCUCCAAGGCGCGUGACUUCACCAUCGCCAAGGAGCCCUCCAUUGGCAUGAGCUCCCAUCCGUAGACCACAUCCAUCCAUCUUCUUCUUCUUCGCUAGCUUGAUCUGUUCUGUGUUCCUUUUUUGGCGGUUUCAUGGUUGCGGAUUUAUUGAAUGUUUGAGAUAUUGGUGGGUGGGUAACUUCAUUGAUUAUAUUAGUUUUGGCUGAAAUUUUUUGAGUUAGAUUUAGGCCCAUUUGGGGCAGCUUAUCGUUUGGAAAACACAUUUCUACAGUUUAUCUGAAAAUGCGGUUGGAUUUUUACACUAAACAUAGGUCGCGGGUCGCAUUUGAGGAUAAGCUGCUUAUCUGGAUAAGCACAAACUGUCCCAAACACAAAAUUAGUUAAUGUAAUUGGCUUGUUUGGAGGAGCUUUAUUGUUCAGGGAAGCAUGUUUAAAAGUCAUGUUUGUGGAACGGCUACUGCCUUCUAGGAUCUGAAACCCAAAAAAUUGUGAUUCUAUUGAAAUAAAUUCAAAUGUUGUUGCUUUACUGAAAUCCACGCAUCAAGUUCACUACAAUG